AUGCAUAAUUCCAAGCCAACAUGUUUAAUUUGCAAGGAGAAAGUAUCGGUGGUGAAAGAGUACAAUGUAAGAAGACAUUAUGAAACAAAGCAUUCCGAAUACGCGAAAUUUAGUAAGGAAUUGAAAACAAGGAAACUGGAUUCGCUUAAAUCUGAAUUGAGAAAUCAGCAAAGACUAUUAAAUUCAUCGAUACACUCUUCUUCUGAUACUGUUAAAGCAAGCUACUCUGUUGCAAUGAUAAUUUCAAAGAGAAUGAAAUCAUUUUCGGAUGGAGAAUUCGUAAAAGAGUGUUUGGAUGCUGUCGUGAAAGACAUUUUGCCAGAUAAAACUAAAAAGUUUUCAAACAUUAGCUUGUCACGUCAAACCAUAUGUCGCAGGGUUAAUGACAUUUCAAAUGAAAUUGUGGUGACUUUGCGUGAUCAAAUAAAAUAUUUCAAAAGUUAUUCUUUGGCCUUUGACGAAUGCACGGAUAUAUCAGACACGUCUCAACUUGUAGUAUAUAUUCGUGGAGUUACCGAAUCUUUUCAAGUGAAACAAGAAAUGCUUAACCUUGUCAGUUUGAAAGAUACUACAAAGGGCGAAGAUAUUUUCCAAGCUGUUAUGAAAUGUUUAUCCGACAAUGGAGCGAAUUUAGAGACCCUUGCUGGAUUGACAACAGAUGGGGCGCCGGCUAUGAUUGGAAGAAAUAAAGGAGUUACGGAAAUAAUUGACCUACAGUGCAACAGUGAACUAAGACUUGUUUAUCCUACUAUAUCCAAAAUUGACUUUUAUAACAAAUAUGUGACUGCAGAAAAAUAUCCCAACUUAAGAAUUUUUGCACAAAGAGUUGUAAGCUCCUUUGGAUCUACUUACGUCGUUUUCAGAACAUUCUUAAAGACAUUGUCUUCGAUUGUAACUCCACUGUUCAUUAAACUACCAAAAAAAUCCCGUUCUAUGUGUUCAUGGGCCAGGAACACUGUUCACAAGGAUUUGUCACCUUUAAGGUGUCGUGUACAAAUAACUUAUUUUCAAAUGAGCAGUGAAUUGACUCACCGUGGAAUCCAUAAAGAUCUUGAUCGAGAAAAUAAUAGAACUAUAAACCAAGAACACACGCCUCUUGAAAAUCCAGCAAAUGACGACAAACUAAAUUUAAUGGAGGAACUACUUCUCCUAUCUUUCAAAGACGAGAGGGUUCAGUAG